UAUUAAAUAAAUGUUGGGUGUCCUUAAUGGGCACUUCUCAUCAGUUGACCUCACAACCAUGAAAAUUCCAUAUAACUUGUCAAUCUUGGAAAACAUCUACCCGUUUAAUUUUCAAGUUCCCUUUUAUUCCACAGACGAAGUUACAGUGUGAGUAGCCUCUGAAACUCCCAAGAACUCUCUUUCAUCCCGGUCCCCAAACAUACCUUCACUAUAAAUAUACACACACACUCAUAUCUUAUGUAUAUAUCUAAUAUUAUAGACAUAACUUAGACUGACACAUAGUGAUCAUCAAUUCAUCAUGCUGAAGAACAAUCACCAGCCGUUGAUGAUGGAGAUCACAGUCAAAUCAGCUGAAGGCCUCAAGAACACUUCCUCAAAGCUCUUCUCUAGCCGUCUCCGACCCUUCAUCACUCUGAGCACUGUCCCACCGUUUUCACAACGACCCAUCAACGGUGAUAAGCAUGGCCACGUGUGCAAGACAAGAGUGGAUGAUCAAGGAGGCAUCAACCCUACAUGGGGUGACAAGUUUCAGCUACCUAUUGAUGCCACCUUUCUGUACCAAAGACACUCCCGUAUAUACCUCCAACUAUAUACCAAAAGUGUCAUGGUGGGUCAGACUCAAUUGGGUUGGUGUUAUAUUCCGACAGCCGAUGUUGUAGAUGGUAUGUCGCCGGUGGGGUCGGUUCGCCACCUGAGUUACCGGCUGCGGGAAAGAGACGGUUCAAGGGGCCAUGGAAUUGUUAAUAUUGCAGUGAAAUUGGAAGGUUCACUGCCGGUGGCAUGCCCCCAUUCUGAUCUGACACACUUGCCGGAAAUGGGUUGGGGUCAGACAGUAAUUGGUUUUCCGGUGACAAUGUUCCCGGAGGCUGUUGGUGAAAGCCAGUCACGUGCCAUGUCCCAUGGACAAUUCAUUGCAAGUUGUAACGAAGGUACAAGGAGAAGUGACCAAAAGAGGUAGACCACGGGGUGAUUAAACAAAUCCAACGGCUUGAUUUUCACUGAUCUUUUUCUUAGGGAGGAGCCAGAAGUUGGGCAUCCUCCAGAAUGUAUGGGGUGUGCACACCAGUACAGGGUAUUUGUGAUGCUUGUCCUAUUGAGGCGAAAAUCUAAUAAUUUGAGCAAUCAUGUAAUAUUGUGUUUGAUUAGUGUGAAAAACGAGUGAAUUUUCCUGCAAUCUGAGUGAAAUUGACUUUGCUGAUUCAGUAAUGUGUGGUAUAAUCUUUUUUAUUUUAUUUUUUUCAAUGGACGAUCAAAAUUAAAUUUUCAAUCAGUAUCAUUAUGUAUUA